CAUGGCGGCCAGCAGCCAUGAGCCAAAAAAAAAAAAACAAAAACAAAAAAAAAAAAACAACAAAUAACACAUGGAUUUGUGACGGCGCGAUCUGACUGAUUUUUUGGGAGGAUUUAUCGGCUCCGGCAGUGUUUGUUCAGGCCGGUUUUCCGUGCACGAGAGAGGCCGCCUGCAGCUCCCCGUUUCUUUUCGCUCAUCUCCGUGCUUUUUCCACGCCGUUUAUCUUCUUCUCCUCGAGACAGCCGUCAUGGGCGUUCAGGGCUUCCAGGAGUACAUCGAGAAACACUGCCCGAGCGCCGUGAUGCCGGUGGAGCUGCAGAAGUUGGCACGGGGGGGUCUGGUCGGAGGAUGCAGGCAGAGACCCCCCCAGCGCCCGCUCCGGCUGCUCGUGGACGCCGAGGACUGUCUGCACCGGCUGUACGGCGGCUUUUACACCGACUGGGUCGGCGGAGGGCAGUGGAACCACAUGCUCGGGUACCUGGCCGCCCUGGCCAAAGCCUGCGCGCACGGGAACAUCGAGCUGUCGGUGUGCUUCAACGGCGCCCUGGAGAAGGGCCGCCUGCACGAGUGGGUCCGGCGGCAGGUGAACGACAGGCAGACGGCGCAGCAGAUCGUCAGCCACGUCCAGAGCAAGGGCACCCCACCGCCCAAGGUCUGGUUCCUGCCGCCGGCGUGCAUGGCUCACUGCGUCCGGCUCGCCCUGCUCAGGUUUCGCGUCGGGGUUGUCCAGAGCCUUGAGGACCAUCAUCAGGAGGUGCUCGCCUUGUGUAGGGAGAACGGCUUCCAUGGCCUGAUGGCGUACGACUCCGACUACGCCCUGUGCAACGUGCCGAGCUACUUCAGUGCGCACGCCCUGAAACUGAGCCGCAAUGGCAAGAGUCUCACCACCAGCCAGUACCUGAUGCAUGAGGUGUCCAAGCAACUCGACCUCAGUCCCAAUCGCUUCGUCAUCUUCGCUUCCCUCUUAGGUAAUCACAUUUUGCCUGACGAAGAUCUAGCUGCCUUUCACUGGAGUUUACUGGGUCCGGAUCACCCCUUAGCCUCUCUUAAGGUCCGCGCGCACCAGCUUGUGCUCCCUCCCUGUGACGUCGUGAUAAGGGCAGUGGCAGAUUACGUCCGCAGCCUGCAGGACAUCAACGACCUGGAAGCCAUCACUAGAGACAUAUUCAAGCACUCCCAGUCCAGGACCGAUGACAAAGUUUUACGCUUCAAGAAGGCCGUGGAGUAUUACGCAGUCGCCAGUAAGCCCCCUCAGUCUUCUCCUUAUAUAGUCAGACCAAAGCGACUUGGUGUCCCUGCAGCUAUGUCACACUACACACCAUCACAGAUGCUCAGCAUUCCACAGCCCUUCCUUGCACAGCAGCCCGGGGUCCAGCAGAACUCCUUGGGACCAGGACCGAGGCCCGGGCCGGCCGAAUCCGAGGUGGAUAAAGGGCUCUCGGAUCAGAACAGCUUCAGGGACAUUCCGCACGAAAGCAAGCCCCAUACACCCCUGUACGAGCGGGCGUCGCCCAUCAACCCGCCUCCCCCCGGCAGCCCUGGCCAUACCGAGUCAGCCUUCCUCAACGCCUCAUCGUCAUCCUCUUCCUUGGAGAACGAGGAGACCACAGGGCUCACUGCCAACCACGUAAAUGACCAUAAGGAAUGGGACAAGCAAAGAAGUCAGAUGCAUGGCGUUCCGGACAACCUGGGGGACCAAACCAAAGUGGGUGAUGCGCAGUCCGAUCCCUCUGUGACCUCCUCUGGGGGUCAAGGCCUGGAGGUCGGAGGUCACCGCGGGGCCCACGCCCGUAUCCCGUCCCUGCUCUCGAUGCCAACCAGGAACCACAUGGACAUGACCACCCCCCCUCUGCCCGCGGUGGCGGCUGAGGUGUUGCGAGUGGCCGAACACAGACACAGGAUGGGCCUCAUGCACCCUUACGUCUACCACGUACUCACCAAGGGUGAGCUUAAGUUAUUGGUCACCAUCGAGGACGAAGCCAACAAGGACCUGCCGUCUGCCGUGCAGCUGUUCCGGCCCGUCCGCCAGUACGUUUAUGGCGUGCUGUUCAGCCUGGCUGAGGCAAAGAAGAAGGUGGAGAGACUUGCCAUGAGGAGGAACUGCCUCCCUGAAUUGCUGUGGAACGGGAACGCUGGGCGCUCACUCACCCGCUCCCGCCCUCCCUCCGCAGACGAGCCGGUCAUCGUAAAAGAGUGGGCCGCGUACAAGGGCAAAUCCCCCCACACGCCGGAGCUGGUGGAGGCACUGGCCUUCCGUGAGUGGACCUGCCCCAACCUGAAGAAGCUGUGGCUGGGCAAGGCAGUGGAGGACAAGAACCGACGCAUGCGGGCCUUCCUGGCCUGCAUGAGGUCCGACACGCCGGCCAUGCUCAACCCCGCCAACGUACCCACCCCACUCAUGGUGCUGUGCUGCGUCCUCCGGUUUAUGUUACAGUGGCCAGGAGUAAGAAUUUUACGCCGUAACGAGCUUGAUGCAUUCCUAGCCCAGGCUAUUUCUCCUAAACUCUAUGACCCUGACCAGCUGCAGGAACUGAAGAUCGAUAACCUGGACCCACGGGGUGUGCAGCUGGCUGCUCUGUUCAUGAGUGGGGUGGAUAUGGCCCUGUUUGCCAACGACGUGUGUGGACAGCCCCUGCCCUGGGAGCACUGCUGCCCCUGGAUGUAUUUCGAUGGAAAACUGCUUCAGAGCAAACUGAUUCACGCCACGCGCAACAAGGCCCAGCUCAUCGACCUCUGUGAUGGUCAGGCUGAACAGGCUGCCAAGGUGGAGAAGAUGCGUCAGAGUAUCCUGGAGGGGCUGAACCUCUCCCGGCUGCCCCACCUCCCACCCUUCCCACCCCAUCCUCCACACGCCAUGCAUUUCUACCCCCACAACAGCACGUUCUACCCCCCACCCUCCCUGCCCCCUCUGCCAGGGCGGGGCAGGGCCAUGCCAGGACUCCAGACCAUCCCUUCACAGGGAGGCAAGCUUGAGAUUGCAGGCACAGUGGUGGGCCAGUGGGCAGGGACUCGCAGAGGCAGGGGGCGGGGCUCCUCCCCCAUUCAGGUGGUGUCCGUUGGUGGACCAACCAGAGGACGACCAAGAGGUAUAAUUUCAACUCCUGUUGUAAGGACCUUUGGCCGGGGAGCCAGAUACCACAGUAGAGGUUUCAGGAGUCCCGGAUCGUACCAGGCCUCGUGUUUCCAGGCCAGGCCUGCGUACGCCGCCUCCUCUGGCUGGGACGUGGGGAAGGACCGAAAGAAGCCCAGAGUGGAGAGACAGGAGUCCACCGAGGCAGCCGAGAACGGGUUGGAGGACGGGGAGGUGGCGCGGCUCAACGGGAGCGCGGUGGAAAGCAAAGCUCCCAUCCCAGCCCAAAGUGCCUUUAGCAAUGACUCCAAAAUGUGCAAUAUCGCUCCUCAUUUAAAUGCACUAAACGCAGACGACGAACGCGACAGAGAUGGAGCUCUGAGUGCCGCCGUCUUGAAAACAGAAGAGUAAAACUAUUUUUAUAGAGAGGAGGAAGGCAACGGAAGGUUCGGGGUUAAGGAAAAUCUGGAAAGACAGAAAGCCUACAGUCGGUGUACCUUUUUUCCUUUCAAAGAAGUGAUAAAUGAGGACUUGCUGUAAGAAAUUUUAGAAAAUCCCUCUUUGAUGCAAGAUAGUUACGAGUAAUGCCAGUAUUUCUCAGUAACAAAAAAAUCAAAUAAUGGACAUAGUGUGCCGGUUUCAUAGAGAAUAGAACCAGUCUAAGGGAGUUUGACUCCCUCCUCACUGAUAUUUACCUGUCUCAAAACUGGUUGCACAAAUGGUUUAUUUCAUGUUUGCUUGAACUGCAGAUUACUUUGAUUUGACAAGCUUUUAGUACUCGUAGGUUCGGAUGUUCUACCAGUACUUGGCACCGUAGAUGUUUGCCAUUGUAAUUGGAUUCAUGUUGUCACGGUCGCGGUUUUUUUUUGUUCCGUUUCUUCAGAAUAAUUUAUCCUAAAGACGUAAAACUCACAACCGUAAAAAGACCGAAGGAGUGCAUUUCUCACGUGGAUGAUCACUGUGGGUUUCUUCGUGCUUACAACGUGCAGAGUUGUUGGGGGGUGGGGGGGGGGUGUAAAACUGAGUAACUCUCGUUAAUAGCGCAGCUUAGGUUCUGAUGAUCUGUGUCAUGCAUCAGCGUUGUGAAAGCCCACAAAAAUCAAGAAACGCAAAAAUCGCACAAGACGCAAAACGAUCCAAUUACUACGAACACCCGUGUUUUCUUUGGCAGAAAUUGCCACGCAUCAGUGAUCGAUUGUGCGUGUGGUUUCUUGAAUCAACCGUAGAACAUUAGUACGACGUUUUCAGCAACUUUUCUGCAUGGUUCACAACUUUUAAAAAGGUGUGUAGUUAUUAUGCAUGUUGUCCUUUGCUCCAUCUCCACAAGUACUGUGCCCAUUUGCAAAAUAAAAAAGCAAGCUAAGAAUCAGUAAUAGUCAUAUAAAAGGUGUUAACUGUUGGUAACUGAUUUGCUCACUAACCUUAAAUUUUUGUGAUUAUUGACCUCUGUUGCAUUCAGUCAAGAAAAACAAAAAAAACAAAACAGGUGUUAUGUAGGCUAUUUCUAACCCUGUUGUAUUCAUCCAUCUCUGUAUCCAUUAUUGUACUUGGUUACUGUUUCUGCAUUAAUACUACCAAACCAUCUCUCUGUGGGGGGGGGGGAAUCUCAAAAAAAACCUAAUCUUUAAAAUGACCCACCUCUCUAGCUGGAUACAAGUCGGCAAAAUAUAUGACCCCCUCCCAUGUGAGACUUUAGCAUAAGCAGGUAAAAAAUACCGUUUAAUCAUUUUGGUGUUUACUUUAGUGUUUUCAGAGCUUGUAAUCAUUACUUAAAGGUUUGUCAUCUAAUCCUGAAGCUUUUCGUUGCGCAUUAGUGAUCAGAGAUUAUGGUGCAUCCCCCAGCCCGCGAGACUAAAUAGGUUACCUUGACGUAAGUUGCUCGGAGUUUCUUUCGAGCGGGUCGGAUGUAGAAGACUCGAGGAUCCGGUGCGUCUGAGUGAGUGUUGAUGGCAUGUGAUGUAUUUGAAGGAAACCGAAUGCAACUUACAAUGCUUAAUAAAGGUCUUUAUUCUUUUAGUAUAUUCA